AUGACUGGGAACAAGAGCAUGGAACAAGGCAGAAGGGUGCAGGAUGGAUCAGAACAAGGGAAGGUUAUCAGGCACAAUCUGGCAGCAAGAAGCACAACCUCCAAUGUAUCCCCUGUGCCUGCAGCAAGUUCCAACACACAACCCAGCAGUCCCAUCAGUCCAACAGAUGAAAACCCACAAUCACCAAAUGCGGAUGCACCAGAAUGUCUAGAGGAGGAAUCGUUCCCAACGGAAGUAGAACCUGCCAGUCGGGUGGCUACAGAAGCAAGGGGUCGGGGUGGUCUCCGUGGCCGUGGCCGUGGUCGUAGACGUCAGCCGAGGGGCGGCUCUGAUGACCCGUUGUUAUCUCUGCUGCAGCAAGUGCGGGAGGAGAGGCGCAGUGUGGAUGCUUUUCUCGAUCCCAGCAAUCCACGCAGCACAUUUUGCAGAAGUCUCUACCCUAUCCUGGACGACAUUGGGGGAGACCAGGAGAAGACUUGCAUGAGCUUCAUUUACACGGUGGCAAAUGAAUUCCGUGAAGCAAAAUUAAGUGGUGGCCCCACACCAAAAUUCAAAUUAAUAAAUCUUAAUGCUCCACCAACGGCCCCUGCCACCUCAGCAGUCCAACAAUCCCCCUAUUAUCCCAUUCCUCCCAUUCCCGCCCGACCUACAACUUCUUAUUCGCAAAUGAUGUCCCAACCCUAUGAAGAUUUCACCCCAGCCACCUCCUCCCAUUUCCCUUCCCCGUACUCUGCACCCCGCUACCACCAUGAAUCGUGGAAUGAGCGCCAGCCCCAAUCUCGUCCCAAAUCCCCACAUGCCCAUGGAGAUCAAGUCUCCACCCCCACGUAUCACCAGCUUGGUUAAUUUUUUUUUUUUUUUUAUAAUAAAUAUUUCU